GUUCGCGCGCGAAUGACGUCAGGCCGCAUGAUCCCGGUUUGAUCAGGUGAUGAGGAAGUUGUUGAGAGCUGGUGUCAGAGUGUUGCAAUUCCAAGGGAGGAGAAGGACAGCACCGUUAUCUUCUCUCGCAGCUCACAGCAAGAAGACAUGGCUUACCGCGCUCUGGCUGUCGUCCUCGCUUCUCUAGUCGCGGUCUCCGUGGCAGAACCGAUUAAAUAUCUGGACUGUGGUUCCAUUGUUGGUAAAAUCAGUUCUGUUGAUGUGAGUCCAUGCCCGAAGCAGCCUUGUGAACUGGUCAAGGGAGAGUCUUACACCGUCAACGUGACCUUCAGCAGUGAUGCAGCAAGUCAGACAAGCAAAGCCAUUGUGCAUGGAGUCAUUGCUGGCGUUCCUGUUCCCUUCCCAAUUCCAAACGAAGAUGGCUGCAAAUCUGGAAUUCAGUGCCCAAUCCAGCAGCAGAAAACCUACAGCUAUAUCAACCAGCUGCCUGUGAAGACAGAGUACCCUUCGCUUAAGCUGGUGGUGGAGUGGGAACUGAGGGAUGACAAUAACAAAGACUUCUUCUGCUUCAAGUUUCCAGUCCAGAUCACAAGCUGAGGGUGAAGGGAUGUCUGCUUCUAAUACAUUUGCUAAAAGAUGAUGUCACACUGUAACAAACAAAAGUUUAGAGAUCAAAUAAAGGCUGCUGCGGCCUAAGCAAACAGUGAGUCAUUAACAGGCUGUUUAAUAAUUAACAUACUUGUGAUUAAAAAUGUUGCGCUAUUUUUAAAUUUUUAUAUUUGAAUUGAAAAUUUUUUCUAGGUCCAAAUGAAAUCAGACUGGUUUGCUGCUCUGAGAUUUUUCUAUUAAACAUGAAUCAGUUUUGCACAAGCUUAUGGAGCUUCAGUACAUGUCUGUCAGAACUGCUAAAGUUGUUCUUUUUUGCCUUUCAAAUCCAGUGUUUUUAUAUAAACCCAUUUAACAAUAAAGAUUUUAGUUCUCAAA